GAGCGGCGCCUCCCUCAGGGGAAGAUGAAGGGUCACGUAUACCUCAGGCACAGGCCGCAGUCCUCGCCCGCAGCCGGAGGGAAGCCGCCCCCUCAGAGAAAGGAUUUAUUUCAAUCUUAUGAAAGGUAUCUGCAUACUUCGGAGAAAAUCAAGCCAACUGCUCAGAAGAACAAAUAUGAACCAAACAAAUUCCCAAAUAUGUGUGUACACAAACUACUUGUAAACCCAUUUGAACUAAAUUGCACGACUGUAAAAGCAUGUGGCUGUGAACCUUCUAUUGGUCAAUUAAAGAAGAGCAGAACUAAUCAGACUUGGCGUCCAAAGUCAACAAUCAGAAAAUAUAUUGUUUCAAACGCAAAAGCGAGAUUGCCUGCUGAGAUCAUAGAGCCAUGCAUUACAGCAUUAGGAACAAAGUGUGACCUUCAGAAGAGACCCCAAAGUGCAACGUCUUCAUGCCACAGAUCCAUAAAGAAAGAGCUUGAAACCAUUCACGAUGCCCUGCUGAAUUCAGACAGUGAGCUUGAGAAACUGAUUGAAGAGAUCCUUGAUAAUGAAAACAUAAAAGGGAUGAUGGUAAAAGACUUUAUCCAUACAGAUCAAGUCACUGAUUAUAUUUUUACGGAAGAACCACUGCCAGUUAAAACACUUGAUGGAAGCAAGACCCCAAGCUAUUUAGCUGCUUUCCCUGCCUCACAGACGCAGGAGAAUUCCCGAGAGACUCUUCACUUGUACCUACCUACACAGAAAUCUCUGGAUAAAGAUGAAGUCAUAGCUGCCUGGUUCAGAAAUAUUAGAGAGCAAUCAGCUCAGCCUCCCAUUCUUUACAUCUCCCAAAACGCAGCAACCUUCAGUGAAGAGGGCAGACAAGCCUCCUGGCACCACCUCCACCAGUGCUGUUGUCAACAGUUUACCAGGAGGCAACCACUUCAAGAUGAGGAUCCACAUAGUUCUGGAGUAUCUAUUAAUCACUUAAAGAAUGUACAAAACUAUUCUCAGAACGUUUUUGAAACAAGUGGAAGGAUUAAGAAGGAAACGACUGCCAAUCUUGCUAACCUACUGAAGAUUGAGAAAAUUCCCUCGAGAUCUCACCCAGCGACCAAACAGAGAAGAACAGCAAGUGCAAAGAAGCACGUACACACCACCAAGGUUAAUCUGCACUUCGAAUAUCCCCAAAAUAAUCUAUACGAAAGACCAGUACGACCAUUCAAGCAUAACUCGAUCAAGAACUCAGAAGUCGACUUAACCUUAUAUGACUUGGAGCUGGAAUGAGACAAUGGUCACAAAUUACAAGAUGAAGAAUCAGCUGCCAAUGCAAAGUCAAGUUCUGAUUCUCAUCAGUACAUUGUCCAUGUUACUGACAGACGGGCAUCAGAGAGAAAACAAACAUACCUGAAGAAUUCAGCCCAGAAACUGCUUAGAAAAACCUUGGGAUCUUGAACAAAUAUUUAUAUUGUCCCAGGGCAAAACUGACUUUUACACAAACCACCACACAAAAAGGCUGAGUGAUUUUAGUAUUUGUAUGCAGUUUUCAAAUUCAAGAUUAAAGU